CUGCAGGCCCAGUGGUCGGCUCUGGAGCAGCUUGCGGCCGCGAGGAAGCGGCGCCUGGAGGAGGCGAUGGCGCUGCACCAGUUCCAGGCGGACGCGGACGACGUGGACGCGUGGAUGCUGGAUGCCCUGCGCAUCGUGUCCUCCGGGGACACGGGCCACGACGAGUUCUCCACGCAGGCGCUGGUCCGCACCCACAAGGACGCCGCGGCCGAGGUGGCCCGCUACCGGCCCGUCAUCGACUCGCUGCACGAGCAGGCGGCCGCGCUGCCCGCUGGGGGGGCGGAGGGGGCGCAGGCCCGCCUGGCCGGCAUGGAGGACCGGUACCGCGAGGUGUCUGCGCUGACCGGGCUCAGGAAGCAGGCCCUGCAGGACGCCCUGGCGCUCUACAAGAUGCUCAGCGAGGCCGACGCCUGCCAGGUCUGGGUAGGCGAGAAGGAGCAGUGGCUCCACGGUCUGGAGAUCCCCCAGAGCCUGGAGGACCUGGAGGUGGUCCAGCACCGGUUUGAGAGUCUGGAGCCCGAGAUGAACAACCAGGCGUCCCGCGUUGCCGUGGUGACGCAGAUCGCCAGGCAGCUGAUCCACAACGGCCACCCGAGUGAGAAGGACAUCAAGACCCAGCAGGACAGACUCAACAACAGGUGGAGCCAGUUCCGUGACCUGGUGGACCAGAAGAAGGAGUCCCUGAACUCGGCUCUCGGCGUGCAGAACUACCACCUGGACUGCAACGAGACCAAGUCCUGGAUCCGGGAGAAGACCAAGGUCAUCGAGUCCACGCAGGAGCUGGGCAACGACCUGACGGGCGUCAUGGCGCUGCAGAGGAAGCUCACGGGCAUGGAGCGCGACCUGGCCGCAAUCGAGGACAAGCUGGGAGACCUGGGGGGGGAGGCCCAGCGCCUGGGGGGGGAGCACCCGGACCAGGCCAGCGCCAUCACAGGCCGCCUUGCGGAGAUCUCGGCUGUCUGGGACCAGAUGAAGGAGGCCCUGAGGGCUCGCGAGGACUCGCUGGGCGAGGCCCGGAAGCUGCAGCAGUUCCUGCGUGAGCUGGAUGACUUCCAGGCGUGGCUGUCGCGCACACAGACCGCCGUGGCCUCGGAGGACGGGCCCACCACGCCGGCCGAGGCCCAGCGCCUAGAGGGCCAGCACCACGCCAUUCGCACCGAGAUCCUCAACUACGAGGAGGACUACCAGCGCAUGCGGGCCAUGGGCGAGACGGUGACGCGGGGACAGACGGACGCGCAGCACAUGUUCCUGCGCCAGCGGCUGCAGGCGCUCCACACCGGCUGGGAGGAGCUGCACCGCAUGUGGGAAAACAGGCAGAACCUGCUGAGCCAGUCCACCGCCUACCAGCUGUUCCUCAGGGACAGCAAGCAGGCCGAGGCCUUCCUCAACAACCAGGAGUACAUCCUGGCCCACACUGAGAUGCCCCCCACCCUGGAGGGCGCUGAAGCCGCCAUCAGAAAGCAGGAGGACUUCAUGACCACCAUGGACGCCAACGAGGACAAGAUCAACGGCGUGGUGGAGGCCGGCCGGCGGCUGGCGAGCGACGGCAACAUCAACGCCGAGCGGAUACAGGAGAAGGUGGUCUCCAUCGACAACAGACAUAAGAAGAACAGGGAGGCUGCGGUGGAGCUGCUGAUGAGACUGAAGGACAACAGAGACCUGCAGAAGUUCCUGCAGGACUGUCAGGAGCUGUCUCUGUGGAUUGAUGAGAAGAUGCUCACGGCUCAGGACCUGACGUACGACGAGGCCAGGAACCUGCACAGCAAGUGGCUGAAGCACCAGGCCUUCAUGGCCGAGCUGCAGUCCAACAAGGAGUGGCUGGACAAGGUCCAGAAGGACGGCAUGCUGCUGGUGUUGGAGAAGCCGGAGACAGAGGCAGUGGUGCAGGAGAAGCUGUCUGCGCUCCACGCCAUGUGGGAGGAGCUUGAGUCCACCACGCAGACCAAGGCCCAGUGCCUGUUCGACGCCAACAAGGCCGAGCUGUUCACCCAGAGCUGCGCUGACCUGGACAAGUGGCUGGGGGGCCUUGAGGGCCAGAUCCAGUCCGACGACUACGGGAAGGACCUGACCUCCGUCAACAUCCUGCUCAAGAAACAGCAGGUAGCGCAGGACUCAGUUUCUAUUGAUAAUGA